AUGGCGGCAGAUGCAGGGAGCUGCUUGGGGCCUGGCCACCGUAGCUAUGGACACUGGGAGCCUGGCUAUGGACACCUGGGGUCUGGCUGCCGCAGCUGUGCAUUAUGGGACCUUGGAGACACUGCCAUGGCAAAGCCCCGCCCCCGAGGGUGUGAAAGUGGGCAGUUUCGUUGUGGGAAUGGCCGUUGUAUUCCUGCAGACUGGAGAUGUGAUGGAGCAAAGGACUGUUCAGAUGACAGCGAUGAAGCUGGCUGUCCACAUCCCACCUGUGAAGGAAAUCAUUUUCAAUGCCAGAGUGAUGGAGAGUGCAUCCCUCAAUCAUGGGUAUGUGAUGACGAAGAAGACUGUGAAGAUGGUUCAGAUGAACAUCAACAAUGCCCUGGGCGAACAUGCUCCAAUCGGCAGUUUACGUGUUCCAAUGGACAAUGUAUCCCAAGUGCAUACAGAUGUGAUCGAGUGAAAGACUGCAUAGACGGGACAGACGAGAGAGGCUGCCAGUACCCAGCAUGUGAUCAGCUGUCUUGUUCCAAUGGAGCAUGCUUUAAUGCAAGCCAGCAUUGUGAUGGUAAAGUGGACUGCAGAGAUGCUUCUGAUGAGACCAACUGCACACAUGGCUGCUCCAACACCCAGUUUCAGUGUGGGAAUGGAGAAUGUAUCCCUCGAGCCUUUGUCUGUGACCAUGACGAUGACUGUGGAGACAGGAGCGAUGAACACUCUUGCACAUAUGCAACCUGCAAAGGGAAUUUCUUCACUUGCCCAAGCGGUCGCUGCGUUCAUCAGACCUGGAUCUGUGAUGGAGACGACGACUGCGAAGAUAAUGCAGAUGAGAUUGGAUGUGAGAGUGGUAAUCGAGAUUGCUACCCAGGUGAAUGGGCCUGCCCUGUAUCAGGGCAAUGUAUUCCAGUUGGUAAAUUCUGUGAUGGGACUCCGGACUGUCCUGAUGGAGAAGACGAAACCAACGUAACAGCAGGCAGACACUGCAACAUAUCUCGCUGUGCGGCCUUGAGUUGCCAGUACCGUUGUCACUCUUCACCCUCUGGAGGAGCAUGCUAUUGCCCUGCGGGAUAUGUAAUCAGCCUCAAUGACAGCCGCACCUGCAUUGACUUCGAUGAUUGCAAGAUGUGGGGUGUCUGUGACCAAGGAUGUGAAGAUCGUGUUGGCCACCAUCAGUGUCACUGUGCAGAAGGAUACGUCCUUGAGCAUCACCGUCACUGCCGAGCCAAUACCUCAUCGGGAGUUGCUUCAAUUAUUUUUUCCAAUGGCCGCGAUUUGCUGGUUGGAGAUGUUCAUGGAAGGAGUUUUCGAACCUUGGUACAGUCUUGGAAUCGUGGAGUGGCUGUUGGCGUGGACUUCCACUUUCAGCUGCGCAGGGUAUUUUGGACCGAUACAGUGCAAGAUAAAGUUUUUUCAGUUGCCAUUGAUGGCUCUGAUGCCCGUGAAGUUUUAAAUGUUUCAGUUGACACACCUGAAAAUCUAGCUGUGGACUGGAUUAACAAUAAGCUGUACAUAGUGGAGACCAGCGUCAAUAGAAUCGACAUGGUCAGUUUAGAUGGAACCAAUCGUGUAACACUUAUUGCAGAAGGUUUGGGAAACCCUAGAGGAAUAGCUGUUGAUCCUACAGUUGGUUAUUUAUUUUUCUCAGAUUGGGAUAAUCUUUCUGGCAAUCCUAAAGUGGAAAGAGCCUUCAUGGAUGGAACAAACCGUCUAGACUUGAUCAAGACAAAACUAGGCUGGCCCGCUGGGAUAACUUUGGAUAUUGUAUCAAAGAGAGUUUACUGGGUGGAUAGCCGAUUUGAUUACAUUGAAACUGUAACUUACGAUGGGUUACAAAGGAGAACAAUAGUUCAUGGAGGAUCACAGAUCCCACAUCCCUAUGGAAUAAGCCUUUUUGAACACAGUGUAUAUUUUACCGACUGGACAAAGAUGGCAGUGAUGAAGGCUAAUAAAUUUGCUGAUUCUAACCCACAAGUUAUUUAUCAGUCGUCGCUACGUCCAUACGGAGUAACAGUUUAUCACGCUCUGAGGCAGCCUCUUGUAAGGAAUCCCUGCAGUAGUGAUAAUGGGGGAUGUGAGCAGAUCUGCGUUCUCAGCCACAAAACAGAUAAUGAUGGUCUUGGCUACCGUUGCAAAUGUACGCUUGGCUUCGACUUGCAUCCAGACGGCCGCCAUUGCAUUGCUGUGCAACAGUUUCUGCUCUUCUCAUCCCAGAACGCAGUACGUGGGAUCCCGUUCAAUCUCUCCAGCCAGGAAGAUGUCAUCAUUCCUGUCACAGGGAGCCCUUCCUACUUUAUUGGAAUUGACUUCUAUGCACAGGAGGACACCAUCUUUUUUUCGGACACUACUAGAGACAUCAUUUAUAAACAGAAGACUGAUGGGACAGGCAGAGAAAUCCUGGCAGCUAAUCGUGUGGAAGGAGUUGAAGACUUAGCUUUCGAUUGGGUCUCAAAGAAUCUCUACUGGACAGACCCUCGAUAUAGGAGCAUUAGUGUGAUGAGGGUGGCUGAUAAAUCCAGACGAGCCAUUGUCCAGAAUUUGAAUAACCCUCGUUCAAUAGUCGUCCAUCCUGUUAUUGGGUAUAUAUUCUGGACAGACUGGUUCCGACCUGCUAAGAUCAUGAGAGCUUGGAGUGACGGAUCCCAUGCGUUAUCAAUUGUGAACACAACACUUGGUUGGCCUAAUGGCUUAGCUAUUGACUGGAGUUCCUUAAGGCUUUAUUGGGUGGAUGCCUUUUUUGAUAAAAUUGAGCACAGUACCUUUGAUGGGUUAGACAGGAGGUCACUCGAACGCAUUAAUCAGAUGACACAUCCAUUUGGUCUUACUAUUUUUGGAGGUUAUGCAUACUUCACUGACUGGAGGCUUGGUGGAAUAGUUCGAGUGCGGAAAACUGAUGGAGGAGAAAUGACUGUCAUUAGGAGGGGAAUCUAUAACAUUAUGCACGUGAAGGCGUACAAUGCUCAUGCUCAAAUAGGCACAAACUACUGCAACAGAGCCACAAAUCCAAAUGGAGACUGCAGCCACUUCUGCUUCCCAGUUCCUAAUUUUCAGCGGGUUUGUGGCUGUCCUUAUGGGAUGAAGUUGAGUUCUAACCAGCUGACCUGUGUGGAAGAUCCGUCCAAUGAGCCUCCCACGUUACAGUGUGGUUCGUAUUCCUUUUCCUGUGGCAACGGGAGGUGUGUGCCCAGGCACUAUCAGUGUGAUGGUGUGGAUGAUUGCCAUGACAACAGUGAUGAACAGAACUGUGGAUCCCAAAACAAUACAUGUUCCGGAUCAGCUUUUACCUGUAGAAGUGGUCAGUGCAUUCCCAGCCGGUGGCGGUGUGAUAAACAUAGCGACUGUAUUGACGGUAGCGAUGAACUGCACUGUCCCACACAGGGUCCUGCUUCGUGCCCUACAGCCUUGUUCACUUGCGAUAAUGGCAAGUGCAUUCCCAGAAUCUGGUCAUGUGAUACAGACAACGACUGCGGCGAUGGAUCAGAUGAAAAGAACUGCACUGUUGCUGAAACUUGUGAACCUGGUCAGUUUCAGUGUCCCGAUCAUCGGUGCAUUGAUCCGUUUUAUGUCUGUGACGGGGACAGAGACUGUGUUGAUGGAGCAGAUGAACACGAUUGCAUAUACAACUGUACUUCCUCUGAGUUUAAAUGUGCAAGCGGAGACCAGUGCAUCAAUAAUUAUUACCAGUGUGACGGCGUCUUUGACUGCAAUGAUCACUCAGAUGAGGCUAAUUGUCCCACAAGGCCUGCAGGGAUGUGUCACCAGAACGAAUUUCAAUGUCAGUCAGAUGGUAACUGUAUCCCCGUUACCUGGGAAUGCGAUGGACACCCCGACUGUGCUGAUAGCUCAGAUGAACAUCAUAGAUGUCCACCCAGGACUUGCCCUCCUUCUCUUUUCCGCUGUGACAAUGGACACUGUGUCUAUCGGGCCUGGAUCUGCGACGGAGACAAUGACUGCAGGGAUUUGAGUGACGAGAAAGACUGCCCCACUCCGCCUUUCCGGUGUCCCAGCUGGCAGUGGCAGUGCCCAGGCCACAGCAUUUGUGUCAAUUUGAGCAAAGUGUGUGACAAUCUCGCAGAUUGUCCUAAUGGAGCUGAUGAAUCACCUCUUUGCAAUGAGCCUCAGCCAGACCAAGAGAGUUGCUCAGAUAAUAACGCCGGCUGCACACACGAAUGCAUUCAAGGGCCCUUUGGAGCCCAGUGCUCCUGCCCAUUUGGAUACCAGCUUGCCAAUGACUCCAAGACAUGCGAAGAUAUCAACGAGUGCGACCCUCCAGGAUUCUGCAGCCAGUACUGCCACAACGAAAGAGGGUCUUUUAGGUGUUACUGUGAUGAAGGCUAUGUGCUAGAAUCCAACCAGAGGACUUGCAAAGUUGCAGAGUCUGGUCCUCUUCUCUUGUUAGUAGCAAGCCGUAACCAGAUUGUUGCGGACAACAUCACUUCUCACGCACAACACAUUUACUCUUUGGUUCGAGAUGGGAGGAACAUCGUCGCUAUUGAUUUCGAUUCAGUGACUGAUCGAAUUUUUUGGUCUGAUACUACGCAGGACAAAAUUUGGACUGCAUACCAAAAUGGGACAGACAGAAAAGUAGUGUUUGACAGUGGUGUCACUGUAACAGAAAGCAUAGCAGUGGAUUGGGUAGGCCGUAAUCUCUACUGGACAGACUUUGUUCUGGAAACAAUUGAAGUCUCCAGACUUGAUGGAAGCCACAGGACUGUUCUGAUCAGUGAAAAUAUAACAAACCCAAGGGGGCUCGUGCUAGAUCCCAGGAUGGAUGCUCACUUGAUGUUCUGGACAGACUGGGGUCGGAAUCCUCGGAUUGAAAGAGCCAGCAUGGAUGGCACGUUGCGCACCGCCAUAAUCACUGACAAGGUCUAUUGGCCCAAUGGGCUUGCUAUCGACUAUCCAAACAGAUUGCUGUAUUUUGCUGAUGCCUAUCUUGACUACAUUGACUUCUGUGAUUACAAUGGGAACAACAGGCGGCAGGUGGUGGCAAGUGACUUGAUAUUGCAGCAUCCUCAUGCACUCACAAUCUUUGAAGAUUUUGUAUACUGGAGUGAGAAAUUCACCAACCGUGUUAUUCGAGCCAACAAAUGGCAUGGAGGAAAUCAAACUGUUGUUAUUUAUAAUAUUCACCAGCCUAUGGGUAUUGUGGCAGUCCACCCUGUGAACCAGCCAUCUGGUACCAAUUCUUGUGCCUUCUCCUCCUGUAGCCACCUGUGCCUCCUUUCUUCAGUGGGACCACGGUUUUAUUCCUGUGCCUGCCCAUCGGGAUGGACUCUCUCACCUGAUAAUGUGAACUGCAUGAGAGUUGAAGAGCCGUUCCUGAUAGCCGUAAGAGACAACAUAAUUUAUGGCAUUUCUCUGAAUCCUGGGGAGAAAACCAAUGACGCCAUGGUCCCAAUAGCAGGAGUGCAGAACGGUGUCGAUGCUGAUUUUGAUGACGCAGAGCAGAUGAUCUACUGGGUUGAAAGUCCAGGUGAAAUUCAUAGAGUGAAGUCGGAUGGAAUGAACAGGACUGUAUUUGCCCCAGCAGCUAUUAUUGGAGCACCUUUUGGCCUCGCUUUAGACUGGAUAUCUGGAAACCUGUACUACACUAACCCUGCCACGCAAUCCAUUGAGGUUCUGAAGCUUCACAGUGAAGUAAUCUACCGAAAGACACUCAUUACCAAUGACAUUGAACGAGGGAAUGUGGAUGGCACAAACAGGAUGACCCUGGUUUUUCACCUUUCUCAUCCCUGGGGUGUGGCUGUCUAUGGGUCUUUUCUGUACUACACUGACCGUGAUUAUGAAGUAAUCGAGCGGGUUGACAAGUCCACUGGAGCAAAUAAAGUGGUGCUGAGAGACAACAUUUCAAGACUGAAAUGCCUCCGAGUUUAUUAUCGUGACAAUUCUGCUGGUUCCUCGAACGGCUGCAGUAACAAUGUUGGGAUUUGUCAGCAACUUUGCCUGCCUUUACCUGGGGGGCUUUUCUCCUGUGCUUGUGCAACUGGCUUCCAGUUAAAUCCUGACAACAGAACCUGUUCCCCGUACAAUUCCUUUGUUGUCGUCUCCAUGCUGUCCGCAAUUAAAGGAUUUAGCUUGGAAGCAUCUGACCACUCGGAAGCAAUGGUCCCCUUGGCAGGAAGAGGGAGAAAUGCGCUGCAUGUGGAUGUCCAUAUCCCUUCUGGUUUCAUUUACUGGUGCGACUUCAGCAGCAGCAGUCCUUCUCAAAACGCAAUACGCAGAAUCAAGCCAGAUGGCUCCUAUUUCACAGAUGUCAUCACAGAUGGGAUAGGGCGCAAUGGAAUCCGUGGCAUUGCUGUUGACUGGGUAUCAGGAAAUCUCUAUUUUACUAAUGCAUUCCUGAGAGAGACAUUUAUAGAAGUUCUACGUUUAAACACUACUUAUCGCCGUGUCCUGCUUAAAACCAAUGUGGAUAUGCCAAGGCAUAUUGUUGUGGACCCCCAAAACAGAUACCUGUUCUGGGCAGAUUACGGACAGAAUCCAAAGAUAGAACGUGCAUUUCUCGACGCUACCAAUAGGACUGUGCUGGUCUCUGAAGGCAUCGUUACACCACGUGGUUUGGCAGUAGAUCACAGCAAUGGCUACAUUUACUGGGUGGAUGAUUCUUUAGACAUGAUUGCAAGGAUUUCACAAGAUGGUGGAGAGCCAGAAAUUGUCCGCUACGGCAGCCGUUACCCGACUCCAUAUGGCAUUGCUAUUUUUGAAAACUCUAUGAUUUGGGUAGAUAGAAAUUUGAAAAAAAUCUUCCAAGCUAGUAAAGAGCCAGGGAAUACUGAACCACCAGCAGUUAUAAGAGACAACAUCAACUGGCUGAGAGACGUUACCAUUUACAACCGUCACUAUCAGUCACAGUCCCCUGCCGAUGUCAACCACAAUCCAUGUCUGGAGGACAAUGGAGGCUGUUCGCAUCUGUGUUUUGCACUCCCGGAUCUGGUAACACCAAAAUGUGGAUGUGCGUAUGGAUUGCUAGAUAGUAAUGGCAAAAGCUGCUCCAUUUCGACAGAUAACUAUCUAAUCUUCACUUUGGAGAACGCCCUUAGAAGCUUGCAUCUGGAUCCUGCGAAUCAUAGCCCUCCAUUUCAAACUGUGGCUGUAUUAAGAACUGCAGUAGCUCUUGACUAUGAUAGUGUGAAUAAUGUGAUAUAUUUCACUCAGAGUUCCCCAGCAGGCACAGGAAAAAUAAGUUAUCUGAACAUCUAUUCUGGAACUGGUAGCCCCACCAUAGUAGCAUCAGGUCCGGGAACUCCAGACGGUAUAGCCUUUGAUUGGAUCAACAAGAGACUUUAUUACAGUGACUAUCUAAAUCAGACCAUCAGUUCAAUGGCUGUGGAUGGAUCUAAUCGCUCUGUGGUGGCUCAUGUUCCACGUCCAAGGGCCAUUGUAUUGAAUCCUUGCCAAGGGUACAUGUACUGGACUGAUUGGAGUUCCAAUGCUAAAAUAGAACGAGCGACCCUUGGAGGAAAUUUCAGGACAGCCAUUGUCAGCACCAACUUAGUAUGGCCCAAUGGAUUAACAUUAGACUACGAGGAACAGCAGCUUUAUUGGGCUGACGCAAAUUUACAGAAGAUAGAGCGCAGCACCCUUACAGGUGAAAAUCGUGAGGUCAUUGUUAGCACAGCCCUCUAUCCAUUUGCAAUGACCCUCUUUGAUCAACAUAUUUACUGGACAGACUGGAACACCCGGAGUAUUUACCGAGCCAACAAAUAUGAUGGGUCGAAUCAGAUUGUUAUGAUCUCAAAUCUGCCAUCCAGACCCAUGGAUAUUCACGUCUGGGCCAAAAGCAAGCAACAGAAAUGCACCAAUCCUUGUAACCAGUUCAAUGGUGGUUGCAGCCAUAUCUGUGUAACAGGCCCAACUGGCGCAGAGUGUCAAUGUCCUUCUGAUGGACGCUGGUAUUUAGCCAAUAACAACAGGCAUUGUAUUGUGGACAAUGGCACCAGGUGUAGUGGAGGACUUUUCACCUGCCUGAAUGGACGGUGCAUUGCAGAGCGCUGGAAGUGUGACAAUGAUAAUGACUGUGGGGAUGGCAGCGAUGAACUGGAAAGUGUGUGCGCUUUUCAUACCUGUCAGCCAACAGCUUUCACCUGUGGCAAUGGGCGAUGUGUACCCUACCCUUAUCGCUGUGAUCACUACAAUGACUGUGGAGACAACAGUGAUGAGGUGGGCUGCUUGUUCCGAACUUGUGACUCCCACACAGAAUUUACUUGCAAUAAUGGAAGGUGUAUAUCUCUUGAAUACGUCUGCAAUGGUGUAAACAACUGUUAUGAUAAUGGCACUUCAGAUGAGAGAAAUUGCCCUGAACGCACUUGUCAGACCGGCUAUACAAAAUGUCAGAGCACAAACAUAUGCAUUCCUCGAACUUAUCUGUGCGAUGGGGAUAAUGACUGUGGCGACAUGAGUGAUGAGAGCCCCACUCACUGCGUUUCACUGACUUGCACCAAUGCUGAGUUUCGCUGCUCGUCUGGACGCUGCAUCCCUGCUCAUUGGUACUGCGAUCAAGCAGUGGAUUGUGCUGAUGGCUCCGAUGAGCCCGCCUCUUGUGUUCCCCCUGUGCGGAGCUGUUCAAAUGACCAGUUCAGAUGCGAUGAUGGCAGGUGUAUCCCAGCAAGUUGGAUCUGCGAUGGUGAUAAUGACUGUGGCGAUAUGAGUGACGAGGACCAAAGACACGGUUGUGCAAAUCGCAGCUGCUCAGCAUCGGAGUUCACUUGUAUGAACAACGGACCUACGCAAAGAAGGUGUAUCCCCAAGGCCUGGGUCUGCGACGGGGAUGCUGACUGCAGCGAUGGUUACGAUGAACAUCAGAACUGCACCAGAAGGCCAUGCCUGGACACUGAAUUCACUUGUAGCAAUGGGCUGUGCAUCCGCAGCGCUUACAGGUGCGACAGGCGUAAUGACUGUGGUGACAGCAGUGAUGAGAGGGGUUGUGUCUAUCAGCCCUGUGCACAACACCAGUUUACUUGUCAAAAUGGCCGCUGCAUCUCAAAAGCCUACAUUUGUGAUGGGGACAAUGAUUGUGGUGAUGAAUCAGAUGAGUUGGAGCACAUGUGUGUUACACCAGAAGCAACCUGUCCCCCCCAUUAUUUCAAGUGUGACAACGGGAACUGCAUUGAAUUGGCUAAAAUCUGCAACCGGAUAGAUGACUGUCUUGACAACAGUGAUGAAAAAGGAUGUGGCAUUAACGAAUGCAACGACCCUUCAAUCAGUGGCUGCGACCACAACUGCACAGAUACCCAGACCAGUUUCUAUUGUUCUUGUCAUCCUGGAUUCAGGCUCAUGUCCAAUAAAAAGACUUGUGAUGACAUUGACGAGUGCAGUGAAACACCUUCGGUGUGUAGCCAGAUUUGCGAAAACACCAUUGGCUCCUAUAUCUGCAAGUGUGCGCCAGGCUACAUCCGUGAGCCCGAUGGAAAACGCUGCCGACAAAACAGCGACAUCUCACCCUACCUUAUCUUUAGCAACCGCUACUAUCUUAGGAAUCUCACUACGGAUGGCCUGUCUUACUCUCUCAUUUUGCAAGGGCUUGGGAAUGUGGUGGCGCUGGACUUUGAUAGGGUGGAAAAAAGGCUUUAUUGGAUUGAUGUGGGCAGGAGGAUCAUUGAAAGAAUGUUUCUCAAUGGAACAAACAAGGAAACCGUAAUUAAUGAUGGUGUACCCAGUGGAGAAGGUAUUGCUGUUGAUUGGGUUGGCAGAAAACUAUACUGGGUAGAUGCCUACAAGAACUGUCUCUAUGUUGCUGAGCUUGAUGGACGGUUUCGGAAGAAACUCAUUGAUCACUGUUUGGAUCCCAACAACACCUUCUGUUUUCAGCAUCCUAGAGCCAUUGUUGUUCAUCCCAAAUAUGGACAGGUUUACUGGACAGACUGGGCUGACCGACCAUAUAUUGGACGUGCAGGAAUGGAUGGCAAAAACAAGACAGUGGUUGUCUCUACCAAGUUAGAAUGGCCUAAUGGACUCACCAUAGAUUACACCAAUGACAAGCUCUACUGGGCAGACGCCCAUCUGAACUACAUUGAGUACUCAGACUUAGAUGGUCGACACCGCCACACUGUGUAUGAUGGGUCAUUACCUCAUCCAUUUGCACUUACAGUUUUUGAAGACACACUCUACUGGACUGACUGGAACACAAGAACAGUUGAAAAGGGAAAUAAGUACAACGGAUCAGGCAGGACUGUUCUGGUGAAUACCACCCACAGACCAUUUGAUAUCCAUGUAUACCACCCAUAUAGGCAACCUGUCGUAAGUAAUCCUUGCGGGACCAACAAUGGUGGCUGUUCCCAUCUGUGUCUAAUAAAAAAUGGUGGUUACGGUUAUUCCUGUGAAUGUCCAGAUAACUUUAUGGUAGUGCAGUUUGGCAACACAGCUUAUUGCCUUCCCAUGUGCUCCAGCACCCAGUUCUUGUGUGCAGACAGUGAAAGGUGUAUUCCUAUCUGGUGGAAAUGCGAUGGGCAGAGAGAUUGUAGGGAUGGCUCUGACGAACCUUCCACGUGCCCACACAGAUACUGUCAUGUCGGGCAGUUCCAGUGCAACGACAACAAUUGUACAAGCUCCCAUUAUUUGUGUAACGCCCGGCCAGAUUGUCCUGAUGGCUCUGAUGAAGAUCGUGUGCUUUGUGCCAAUCACCAGUGUGAGAGCCAUCAGUGGCAGUGUGCCAACAAACGAUGCAUUCCAGAAGCUUGGCAGUGUGACCGAGAGGAUGACUGUGGUGAUAACUCAGAUGAGGACAGUUCUCAUUGUGCCAGCAGGACCUGCCCUCCCGGCCAGUUUAAAUGCAACAAUGGCCGCUGUAUCCCCCAGUCCUGGAAAUGCGACGUGGAUGAUGACUGUGGAGAUCACUCUGAUGAACCGAUUCAUGAAUGCAUGAGCCCUGCCUACCGAUGUGAUAAUCACACAGAAUUCAGCUGUAGAACAAAUUAUCGCUGUAUCCCAUUCUGGGCGGUGUGUAAUGGCCAUGAUGACUGCCGAGAUAACAGUGAUGAACAAGGCUGUGAGGAGAUGACUUGCAGUCCUUCAGGAGAUUUCCGCUGCAAUAAUCACCGUUGUAUCCCGCUUCGGUGGAAGUGCGACGGAGAUAACGACUGUGGAGAUGGGUCUGAUGAACAAAACUGCAGUCCCCGUGAAUGCACAGAGAGUGAAUAUCGGUGUGACAAUCUGCGUUGUAUUCCUUCUCGGUGGAUAUGCGACCAUGACAAUGACUGUGAGGACAAUUCAGAUGAACGUGACUGUGAUUUAAGAACAUGCCAUCCAGGUUAUUUCCAGUGUGACAGCGGGCAUUGUGUUGCACAGCGGUUCCAAUGUGAUGGGAGCGCAGACUGUCUGGAUUUCUCUGAUGAAGCAACUUGUCCCACUCGCUAUCCAAACGGCACUUACUGUCCGCGCAUGAUGUUUGAGUGCAAAAACCAUGUCUGUAUUCAGUCCCACUGGAAAUGCGAUGGUGAUGAUGACUGUGGAGAUGGCUCAGAUGAGGAACUUCACCUCUGCUUGGACAUCGUCUGUGAGUCACCGUUCCGUUUCCGCUGUGGAAAUAACCGCUGCAUCUACAGCCACGAGUUGUGCAACCAAGAAGAUGACUGUGGAGAUGGAAGCGAUGAGGCAGAAGAACACUGCAGAGAACCCACUCCUAAGCCUUGCACCAGUGAAGAAUUCAAGUGUGGCAAUGGAAACUGCAUCCCACUGCACUACGUCUGUGACAAUUAUGAUGACUGUGGAGAUCACUUUGAUGAACUAGGCUGCAACUCUGGAACAGGUAGAACUUGUGCUGAAAAUAUCUGCGAACACAACUGUACCAACCUAAGCGAAGGAAGCUUUAUAUGUACCUGCAGACCAGGAUAUAGGCCCAGUGAACAGAAUAGAAACACCUGUGAUGACAUCAAUGAGUGCGAGAUCUUUGGAACAUGCCCACAGAUUUGUAAGAAUUCCAAAGGGAGUUACGAAUGUUUCUGUGCAGAGGGAUUUAGAUCUGUUGGAGAUCAGCAGGGGACGCAGUGUGCAGCCACUGGUAACCCUCCAGUAUUGCUUCUGCCUGAUAAUGUCCGCAUUCGGAGGUAUAAUAUGUCAUCAGAGCAAUACUCUGACUAUAUUGAUGAUGAGGAGCACAUCCAGGCUAUAGACUAUGACUGGGACCCUGAGGGUAUAGGCCUCAGUAUUGUAUACUACAGCAUUAUGGGACGUGGUGCAGAGUUUGGUUCCAUCAAACGUGCCUAUAUCCCCACAUUUGAAAGUGGUGGGAAUAAUCCUGUGAAAGAAGUUGAUCUAAAUCUGAAAUAUUUGGUCAGUCCGGUUGGUUUAGCGGUGGACUGGGUUGGAAGGCAUCUUUACUGGACUGAUGCUGGAACGAAUCGGAUAGAGGUGGCAAAGCUUGAUGGGAGGUACAGGAAGUGGCUCGUGUACUCUCUUCUGGACCAACCAGCAGCUAUUGCUGUCAACCCUAAACUUGGGCUAAUGUACUGGACGGACUGGGGAAGACUACCAAAAAUUGAGAGUGCCUGGAUGGAUGGGCAACAAAGGCAAACCUUGGUCUCCCAGGACCUUGGCUGGCCAACUGGCCUUUCUAUCGAUUAUUUGAACAAUGACAGAAUAUACUGGAGUGAUGUGAAGGAAAACCUAAUUGAAUCUAUGAAAUCUGAUGGGACUGACAGGAAGAUUGUUGUGCAAGGAGUAAGCAGCCCGUAUAGUCUCGACGUCUUUGAAGGCCAUCUCUACUGGAUGUCUAAGGAAAGAGGAGAAGUCUGGAAAGAAGACAAAUUUGGGAAGGGAGAAAAAGUCAAAGUCCUGACUAUCAACCCUUGGCUGACUCAAGUCCGCAUCUAUCACCAACACAGAUGCAACCAGUCAGUGGCCAGUCCUUGCAAAGAUGUCUGCAGUCACCUCUGCUUGUUGAGACCUGGGGGAUACUCCUGCGCUUGCCCUCAAGGGGCUCGUUUUGUAGAAGGAAGCUCAACGGACUGUGAUGCAGCUAUUGAGCCCCCUCCUACAAUGCCACCAGCAUGCAGAUGUAUGUAUGGCGGAACAUGCUAUAUUGAUGAAGAUGGACUCCCUAAAUGCAAAUGCUCAUAUGGAUACACUGGAAGUUACUGUGAAGUAGGAUUGUCCAAAGGAGUACCUCCUGGAACCACAGUGGCCGUGUUGCUGAUUGUCAUUUUGAUAAUAAUCAUUGGAGCUCUAGCUGUUGGUGGCUUUUUAAAUUACCGACGGACAGGUUCCCUCUUACCAUCACUUCCCAAACUGCCGAGUUUAAGCAGUCUUGUGAAAACCACGGAAAAUGGCAAUGGGGUAACGUUCCGAUCGGGAGCUGAUGGGACCACGAACGUCAGUGUGUCUGGUUUUGGAGCCGAAUCUGCCAUUGACAGAGCAAUGCAAAUGAAUGAAAACUUUGCUACGGAAACCGGGAAGCAGCCAAUCACAUUUGAAAACCCAAUGUAUACAACAAAAGACAGUGGCGAGGUGGACAUGAAUGUCACCCCUCCUACACAAGUCACGGCUUCCGGCAGUGGAGAAAACGAGAACUUUGAGAAUCCAGUCUAUGCUACAUCUGUAUCCGCCAGCGUGCCCCAGCCUCCAGCAAGUACAGAAACGCCCCAGGAGACAAAGUGGAACUUCUUCAAAAGAAAACUGAAGCAAAGUACUAACUUUGAGAAUCCCAUCUAUUCGGAGAUGGAAAAGGAACACCGAGGAGAUGCUGAGAACAUUCCUCCUCCGUCUCCGUCACUGCCUCAGAAGAUCAUUCUCAGGAGAGACCAGCCGUUAGCCUACUCAGCAACCGAGGAUUCGUUCAAUGACACCGCCAAUCUCGUCAAAGAGGACUCUGUUGUAUAACCAGCUCACAUAGGGAAUAAUUAG